AUGCGUUUGGGCUUACAAAAAACUAUCAAAGAAUAUAAAGACGCUGUAAAAUGCGUUCCUGAUAGUUUUGACUAUGAAUAUGUUGGUUUUGAUGAAAAUAAAUCCAAGUAUAGAAAUGAUCCACACACUGUGAAGAAAUUGCGGCAAAAGCAUGUUAAGAAGGAUAACAGUUCUGCAAGUAAAUCUCUUGCCAAGGGGAGAAAAAUUGUUGAAGUUAUUUCUAGAGACGAGCUUCCUAAGGUCAAGCAGGUUAUUAAGAAUGGACAGGGGGUCCCUGACUUUGGUAGAAAAAUAAGUGACCUAUUUAAGCAUGCAAUCACAGAUAGUAAGAGGAUUAGAAUUGAUACCAAUAUCUCCAGCGGAUCAGUAUCAGUCAGUUCAGCAACAGUGGAGCUUGCUCUGCUGAAAAUUUCAGAAUAUUCUUCUUGUACGGCCCGCAUAUUAGUUGUUGGAACUGGCAAGAUUGGAAAAAUUGUGAUCAGACAUUUGGUUGCUAAAGGAUGUAAAAAGAUGGUUGUCGUUAACAGGACAGAGGACAGAAUUGUUUCCAUCAGUGAGGAGUUAAUAGAUGCUGAUAUAAUAUACAAAACUUUCUAA